AUGAAGUGUCGACGUCCACCGCAGCGCCUCUUUGGGAACACGACGCAGCAGCCGCUGCUCGCUUCACUGAGGAACCGCGAGACGCGCCGCCGCCUGCUCGAGGCGAGCGAGCAGCGCGCCGGACGUGGCGACGAGAAUGGCACAACCGCCAUCACGGUCGAGAUGGCGCAGCUGCGCCUCAGGAGGGCGACGCUGCUUGGCAAGAAGAGCUUUGCGGAGUGGCAGCUCCAGAACCAGAUGGCCGAUCCGGCGUCUGCGGAGGCGUUGCUGCGCGACAUGGGCAAAGCGGCAGCGUCAAAGGCGACGAAGGAGGCCGCUGACAUCCAGCAGAUGAUCCGCGAGGAGGGUGGCGACUUCGAGCUGGCGUCAUGGGACUGGCGCUACUACGCGGAGCGGGUGCGCAGGCAGCUGUACGAUCUCGACGAGAACGAGGCGAAGCCGUACUUUGAGCUGAACAACGCCCUUGAGCGCGGCGUGUUCUACGCGGCGGAGAAGCUCUACGGCGUGACGAUGCAGCGGCGCACCGAUCUGCCGGUGUACCACCCCGAUGUGAUGACGCUCGAGAUGUUCGACUGCACGGGCGAGUCGCUCGCCAUUUUUGGCAUCGACCCCUACGCGCGUGCAGGCAAGCGCGGUGGUGCGUGGAUGACAUUCAUUGUUCGCCAGGCCUCCCUGCUUGGCCGAAAGCCAGUCGUGUACAACGUGCUGAACACUGUGAAGCCGGCGGAGGGAAGGCCGGCCUUGUUGACCCGUGACAACGUGACGACGCUCUUCCACGAGUUCGGCCACGGACUCCACGGCAUGCUAAGCAACCUCCCGUACUCAACACUCUCCGGCACGAGCGUCGCCCGUGACUUCCUCGAGUUCCCAUCGCAGAUCAACGAGCACUGGGCGAUGUACGAUGCCGUGCUGAAGAACUACGCGCUUCACUACGAGACCAAGGAGCCGAUCCCGCAGGCGCUGGUGGACCGCAUGAAGGCGGCCGAGACGUACGGUGCCGGCCUCCAUACCAUCGAGGUGGACAAGGCGGCGUACCUCGAUCUCCACUGGCAUCGUGCCACGGAGGAGGCGGCAAUGAGGGCCUUUGGAGUUGGGAUGACCGAGGUGCCGCCGCGCUACCACAGUGGGUACUUCCUGCACAUUGUCGCUGGCGGGUACGCCUCGAACUACUACGUGUACGAGUGGGCGCGGGUGUUGGACUGCGACGGGCUCGAGUGGUUCCUGGAGAGCGGUGGGCUGACGCGCGAGAACGGAGAUCACCUGCGCGCGCGCGUGCUCUCUGUGGGCAACUCGGUGGACGCCAACGUUGCGUACGAGAAGUUCGCUGGCCGCAAGGCCAACAUGAAGGCGUUCCUGCGCAUCAACGGUCUGCUGGGCGAGUAG